AUGGCGUCCCCCUCCCUCGCUGCCGCGGCCACCAGCCCCGCCUCCUCCCCACUAACCCUAGACGCCAUCCCCCUCGCCUCCCGCCCCGCCCCCGGAGGCGCCGCCACCGCCGCCGCCCCGCGCAAGCGGUCGGUCCUCCUCCUCGACCACCGUCCGCACCCUGCCUCCCCUACGCCCCCGCUCCUCUCCUCAACUGCCGCCACCGCCGCCGCCGCCGCUGCCGCGUCCGCUCCGCACGCGCGCCGCAAAAAGACCUCCCACCCGCCCCGGCCGCGGUGGCAGACCGUGCUCAGCAUCGCCGCCAAGAACGCGACCCUCCUCGCCGCGCUGCUCUAUCUCGGGGGCCUCGCCUGGCGCUGGUCCCACCCGCCCCCGCCCUCCCCGCCGCCCGACCGCGCCGCGCUCGAGGGCUACGCCGCCCGCGUCGACGAGGUCGAGGCCUCCCUCGCCCGCACCUUCCGGAUGAUCCAGGUGCAGCUCGAGGCCGUCGACCGCAAGAUCGACGGCGAGGUCGGCGCCGCCAGGGGCGACCUUCUCUCUCUGCUGGAGGAGAAGCGGCUCGCGCUCGAGGGCCAACUCACCCGCCUCGACGCCAGGGCCGGUGAGCUCGGCGACGCGCUGGACGGGCUCAAGCGGAUGGAGUUCCUCCGGAAGGACGAGUUUGAGAAGUUCUGGGACGAGUUGAAGGGGAGUCUCGGCUCGGGUUCCGGGAGCGAGGUUGAUCUGGACCAGGUUCGUGCGUUGGCCAGGGAGAUCGUCAUGAGGGAGAUUGAGAAGCAUGCCGCAGAUGGGAUCGGCAGGGUUGACUACGCCGUGGCCUCAGGUGGGGGAAGAGUUGUCCGGCAUUCGGAGGCCUAUUUGCCUAAACGUGGUGGUUUGAUGGGCUGGAUGCCUGGAGGUGACGUGGGGCCGAAGCCAGAGAAGAUGCUUCAACCGAGCUUUGGGGAGCCUGGACAGUGCUUUGCCAUGCAGGGUAGCAGUGGGUUUGUUGAGAUCAAGCUCAAGUCUGGAAUACUUCCUGAGGCAGUAACACUUGAGCAUGUGUCUAAGGAUGUGGCGUAUGACAGGUCUACAGCUCCAAAAGACUGUCUGGUGUCUGGAUGGUACGAGGAGACUCCUGGUGAGACCCAAUCGGGUUAUGCUGCAAAGAUGGCUUUGGCGGAGUUCACGUAUGACUUGGAGAAGAACAAUGUGCAGACAUUUGAUGUGUCAGCCCCAGAUGUAGGCGUGAUCAAUAUGAUCCGGUUGGAUUUCACUUCGAAUCACGGAAGCUCGCUGCUGACAUGCAUCUACCGCCUCCGGGUCCAUGGCCAUGAACCGGUCUCUCCAGGAACCGCAGGUUUUCAGGCCUGA